GGCCUUCUCUGCCACAGUCGUCACCGUUGCGGCCCCUCGCCGCCCCGGGGCACUUUGGGAGUUGUAGUUUUCUGAUUCAUUGCAUACUGGCCCGAAUAAAAAAGAUGUGUCCGUGACUACAACUACAAUUCCCAGGAAGCCCCGAGGCUCAAUUCGCGCUGUGUGGCGGGAGUGCCCUCAGAGGCCCCGCCUUCGGCUGGUGGAGGGAGCGUUCCCGCGGAUGUGUAUGGCGAAUUGUUGGCACCUGGAUGGUAAAUCUUCAAGUUACUGUGAAACAAGAUCACAAACGAAAAAGUAACAUAGGAAAUACUAAAGACUGGGACGUUUUAUCAGAUUUUACUCAGUUUCAUAUACAGAAGGCUAUAGGACUGUUUUGCCGGAUUCUAAAUGACAACUUUUAAAUCAGAGCCUUGAAAUCUACAGAAGUCCAAUAUAUACUGAGGAACAAAGGGAAUGUGGAAAUGAAAGAGAGAGGGAGAGAGAGGCUGGCAGAUGUAAUGAGACGCGGUGAAGGUGUACGCAGACUGGCACUCCCACUCCUCCCUUCUGCUCUCACUGCAGCCCUGGGUAACUCGCAGGCUAACACAAACAGCUUUUCUCCCGCAGCCUGCCCUCUGUCACUGAUACUUCUGAUAUUGGAUGUUGCACAUUAAGACAUAUAGACUCAAUCUGUCAAUCUGUAUUUAAAUCUAGGUCACUUUCAUGAAUUCAAAGGCAAUUUACCAGUGAUUUCUGGGUGCUGGGGCUGAUAUUUUUUGUGCAUAUUUCUCACACAGUUUGAUAUAAACUUAAGUGAAUGAAUUCAUUAAUAAAAGCAGAUUUUCUAUUUUUAUUUCACCUCUGGGCUAUUUUAUACCUUUGGAGCACACAAGCACAACAAAAGAAGAAUGUCUUCCAAGCAAGCCACCUCUCCAUUUGCCUGUGCAGCUGAUGGAGAGGAUGCAAUGACCCAGGAUUUAACCUCAAGGGAAAAGGAAGAGGGCAGUGAUCAACAUGUGGCCUCCCAUCUGCCUCUGCACCCCAUAAUGCACAACAAACCUCACUCUGAGGAGCUACCAACACUUGUCAAUACCAUUCAACAAGAUGCUGACUGGGACAGCGUUCUGUCAUCUCAGCAAAGAAUGGAAUCAGAGAAUAAUAAGUUAUGUUCCCUAUAUUCCUUCCGAAAUACCUCUACCUCACCACAUAAGCCUGACGAAGGGAGUCGGGACCGUGAGAUAAUGACCAGUGUUACUUUUGGAACCCCAGAACGCCGCAAAGGGAGUCUUGCCGAUGUGGUGGACACACUGAAACAGAAGAAGCUUGAGGAAAUGACUCGGACUGAACAAGAGGAUUCCUCCUGCAUGGAAAAACUACUUUCAAAAGAUUGGAAGGAAAAAAUGGAAAGACUAAAUACCAGUGAACUUCUUGGAGAAAUUAAAGGUACACCUGAGAGCCUGGCAGAAAAAGAACGGCAGCUCUCCACCAUGAUUACCCAGCUGAUCAGUUUACGGGAGCAGCUACUGGCAGCGCAUGAUGAACAGAAAAAACUGGCAGCCUCACAAAUUGAGAAACAACGGCAGCAAAUGGACCUUGCUCGCCAACAGCAAGAACAGAUUGCGAGACAACAGCAGCAACUUCUGCAACAGCAGCACAAAAUUAAUCUCCUGCAGCAACAGAUCCAGGUUCAGGGUCACAUGCCUCCGCUCAUGAUCCCAAUUUUUCCACAUGACCAGCGGACCCUGGCAGCAGCUGCUGCUGCCCAACAGGGAUUCCUCUUCCCCCCUGGAAUAACAUACAAACCAGGUGAUAACUACCCCGUACAGUUCAUUCCAUCAACAAUGGCAGCUGCUGCUGCUUCUGGACUCAGCCCUUUACAGCUCCAGCAGCUCUAUGCCGCUCAGCUGGCCAGCAUGCAGGUGUCACCUGGAGCAAAGAUGCCAUCAACUCCACAGCCACCAAACACAGCAGGGACGGUCUCACCUACUGGGAUAAAAAAUGAAAAGAGAGGGACCAGCCCUGUAACUCAAGUUAAGGAUGAAGCAGCAGCACAGCCUCUGAAUCUCUCAUCCCGACCCAAGACAGCAGAGCCUGUAAAGUCCCCAACGUCUCCCACCCAGAACCUCUUCCCAGCCAGCAAAACCAGCCCUGUCAACCUGCCAAACAAAAGCAGCAUCCCUAGCCCCAUUGGAGGAAGCCUGGGAAGAGGAUCCUCUUUAGGUAAAUGGAAAAGUCAACACCAGGAAGAGACUUACGAAUUAGAUAUCCUAUCUAGUCUCAACUCCCCUGCCCUUUUUGGGGAUCAGGAUACAGUGAUGAAAGCCAUUCAGGAGGCGCGGAAGAUGCGAGAGCAGAUCCAGCGGGAGCAACAGCAGCAACAGCCACAUGGUGUUGACGGGAAACUGUCCUCCAUAAAUAAUAUGGGGCUGAACAACUGCAGGAAUGAAAAGGAAAGAACGCGCUUUGAGAAUUUGGGGCCCCAGUUAACGGGAAAGUCAAAUGAAGAUGGAAAACUGGGCCCAGGUGUCAUCGACCUUACUCGGCCAGAAGAUGCAGAGGGAAGUAAAGCAAUGAAUGGCUCUGCAGCUAAACUACAGCAGUAUUAUUGUUGGCCAACAGGAGGUGCCACUGUGGCUGAAGCACGAGUCUACAGGGACGCCCGCGGCCGUGCCAGCAGCGAGCCACACAUCAAGCGACCAAUGAAUGCAUUCAUGGUUUGGGCAAAGGAUGAGAGGAGAAAAAUCCUUCAGGCCUUCCCCGACAUGCAUAACUCCAACAUUAGCAAAAUCUUAGGAUCUCGCUGGAAAUCAAUGUCCAACCAGGAGAAGCAACCUUAUUAUGAAGAGCAGGCCCGGCUAAGCAAGAUCCACUUAGAGAAGUACCCAAACUAUAAAUACAAACCCCGACCGAAACGCACCUGCAUUGUUGAUGGCAAAAAGCUUCGGAUUGGGGAGUAUAAGCAACUGAUGAGGUCUCGGAGACAGGAGAUGAGGCAGUUCUUUACUGUGGGGCAACAGCCUCAGAUUCCAAUCACCACAGGAACAGGUGUUGUGUAUCCUGGUGCUAUCACUAUGGCAACUACCACACCAUCGCCUCAGAUGACAUCUGACUGCUCUAGCACCUCGGCCAGCCCGGAGCCCAGCCUCCCGGUCAUCCAGAGCACUUAUGGUAUGAAGACAGAUGGCGGAAGCCUAGCUGGAAAUGAAAUGAUUAAUGGAGAGGAUGAAAUGGAAAUGUAUGAUGACUAUGAAGAUGACCCCAAAUCAGACUAUAGCAGUGAAAAUGAAGCCCCGGAGGCUGUCAGUGCCAACUGAGGAGUUUUUGUUUGCUGAAUUAAAGUACUCUGACAUUUCACCCCCGUCCCCAACAAAGAGUUAUUAAAGAGCCCGCAUGCAUUUGUGGCUCCACAAUUACAUCAGCAGAAUGGUCUUAAUUGUUUCGUAAAGUGUGAGACAGAUUAAGUUUUCCCUGAUUUUUCAUGAACUUGAGUUUUUUGUCGUUAUUGUUAUUGUUGUUGUUGUUUUUUAAUUUAGGUGAAGACAUAUUAAAUAUGAGACACCAGGACUUGAAACUUAUCUCAACCCGUAGAUGUCUUACAAGUCUUAUAUUUUUGUCUUACUUUUUUUUUCUUUUGGAUGUUGAUAAAGGUUUAAGUUACUGUUUUAGAUGGGGUUAAACAUUCUCACUCAGGUAUGCUGUGCCGGCCUACAGGUUGUGAAUGUGUUUUUAUUCUGAAUUAUUUUAGAAAACAACUGAGGAUUUCAUAUUGUGAAACAGAACAAGUCCACGGCGUGUGCAGCUGCAUGUAGAGCAUAUUCAAAAGGCCUCGGAAUUCCAAUUUUCCAUGUGUAGAGUUAAACUUUGAAUGUGCCAAACUUUUUCGUAACUUUUGAAUCUUAAUAUUUUGAAAGUCUUAAAGGAGACACUGCAAAGUCUUAGACAAUCUUUGGCAUCUUAAAAUAAAAUAGCAAACCAACAUUUUUUUUCCAGAAAAAUGGUAAGGUACUCAGGAAUCUGGAGACAAGAUAUUGUAAGGAAUGAACAAGGUUGCCACAGUGCAUGGACCCAAUUGUGUUUGCCUGUUGACGUGCCAUCAGUGCGUGAUGUGGUAUGACAUACACACACCAGAGCGACUGCCACACCACAUAUCGACAGAGUGGUCUUCUCUGCCUGAGACCACCUCUCACUACAUCCAUUAUCCCUUUGCCUUUAACCCUGACAUUCAGUCUUAACACAUUUUCUCUUAAAUAAUUUAUUCAUUCCAGAAUGUCAAGGGUCCACUUACUAUUUAUUUUUUUUCAAUUGUUGGUGGCAUUAAUUUAAUAAUUCUUGUUUUUCACCUUCCUUCCCCGAAGAACUUUUCCGUCCUUUUCACCUCCUUCUCCUGUGUACAUAGUGAUUUUAUGUCCCCAGAACGCCUGGAAGCAUUUCUGAAACCAAGAUAUUAUUAAAAACCUAUUAUUGUUUUUAAUCAUGAGUAUGUAUCUGGCUGCAGGGCUGUGUAUUGGGAUAUAGGUAUAUAGUCUUACACUUAAACAGGUAUGCCCCUGAGGUUCACUGUGACCUCAAGUCUUUUGCCAGAAUUUUCCCCUAAUUCAGUUCACAAGUGGUAGGGUCUGCAUCAGUGGCAUUUCCCCCUGAAUUCCAUUCAGCAGCAAGGGUCAACAGUGGUGACUGCCAGGCAGGAGAGUCCUGCGGCCAAACCUGAAGCCCAAGGCUCAUGGGCCAUGCAGGAAUCUCAGUGAAGCUGUCAUGGGCUGGCACCUUUACACUGAGUUGCCUUGUCCCAGCUGGCACAUCUAGGGAGUUCAUUGCAAAAUCCCCAGGAUGCAAAAAGCCACAUGACAGCCUCAGAGCAAAGAUGGUGGCAAAUAGUCAUGAUACAUCUAGAGAAUGAAAGAAAACCGUAAGGGAGGAGAAGGAGGGGAAUACAUUCCCUAUAUGGGAUGUUCCUACUGUUAACUCUGGGGAACAGAUAGCUCCGGGGGCAGCAGAUGAGUUCCUCUGGCUGACUCUAUCUGUAGCCACAUGGGGACCUGCCUACGUGUGAACAAAAUGAACUGCACUUAUCACACAAGGAUUUCUUUGAAGACAUGCUACUGGGGUGGGAAGCAGUGAGGUUUUAUUCCCCAUCUCCUAACUACAGGGAGCUCUGCCAUGUCAUUUUGGCCUUCCUGAAACUAGGACAGGUUGUCUAUCGGGGGGCUUCCCCCAGAGAGGUUUAGUGGGAGAAUGUCAGUGAAUGGGAUAGUUCACCUCAUGGGACAACCCAGAAUCUGAUCACCAGGACAUAGGAACGGCCCCAUCAGAUUUCUUGAGCCAUUUUGUCACUUGGAAGAAAAUAGUGUACCUUUGUAUUUAUUUAAGAGUGCUCAAGGCCUAAUAGCAACAAACAGGUCUAGCCAAGAAAUUACAAGCUAUUCUGUUAGCUGGGAGUGCUCUCUAUAAGCUGACUAAGGUACUGAUAGGAACUCUUUGUUAUUCAUGUUGGUUGGGGAUUAGAAAUUUGUUUUUGUACAUUUAUUUCAAAUGAGGAGGAGGUCAUUUUUUCUCUCAAAAAAUGAGUAUUUAUUAUUGUCUUACUGAUUUCUUUGAUUAUAUACCUCUCCUCCUCAGUUCACUCUUGUUUUUUUUCUUUCUCUUUGGCUUUUGCUUUUGCUCUCUCUCACUUCUUUCUUAUUUUGUUGCAUUGGUAGAGUGUUGUAUGGCUAGCAUUGUAUUGUAUGUAAUUAAUUUUGCACAAAAGCAAACAUUUAGCAUAGUAGGUUAAUUUUGUUUGUUUUUAUGACCAUGCCAAAAUAAUAUUCUGGGCUGGUGGAGAACAAAGGACUGUUCUUUAGGACUGAAACUUGAUUUUGCUCAUAGUAAGUAAAAAAAAACAAAAAACACACACACUCACAGAUGUUGUUUCGUAAGUGUUAUAAGCACUGGAUAUAAAUGGUAUUUUUUAUCACUUCUGACUAAUGUGAAACUGUUGUACGAAAACUACAUGAACAAAAGUCAUCUGUUUCGACUCGUGUGGGCUUGCCUCACAGUUGCCGGAUUUGAGUCAUUUUUAUGUCUUGUUAUUUCAUUUAUUUAUGCAAAAUACAUGUGUGUAUGAACACUUUGUUUUAGCUCCAGCUCUGCCUCAGUACUGGGGUUCAGUUACUUUUAGCCAUGUUCUUAAAAAUGAAAGGCUAUUCAGGAAUGAUCUGAUUGUAAACGUCUCUUUCAUUGGAUCAAACAGUAAUGCUGUAUUUGAAUCUAAAUUUUGUGUAUAAGCAGUUUAUUUAUUAGCCAAGUUUGGCUCUAAAUAUCCAUGGAAAUUAAGAAUGACAAUCAUAGGGAUCACUUCAUUUUAUUUUCAGUGGGGCUUAAACAAAGUUUAUAUGACUUUACCAUCUCAUUUUAGAUUUUUCUAAUUGUGUAAAUAUAACAUAGAAAUAGAAUUUAUUUUUGGUUCAUGAACACUUAGUGAGAUAUAAGUUAUGUAUUUCCUUUUUGUUCUCUAUCCAUAGAUGUUGGUCCAAACUGAAAGUUGAUGAGUCACUGUGCCUCUCGGGGUAGUGAGUUAUCAGCUACAGUAAGAGAGCAGUGUUCGGCCUGCAGCUGGGACAGCAAAACGUUUCGCCAGGGUUCUCAUGCAGUUCAGAACCCACUGUCCACAGAUCCUGACAUUUCCCUUUUUUCUUACAGAAAGUUGAUGAUUGGACAUACUAAAUUUCCACUACAGUUAGGAGACAGUCAGUUUGCUUUGGGAGUCUACAUAAAUCUUCUAAGAUAGUUCUGUGACCAUUUAAUAGCAAGAAGCAUGAAUGCCACUACAAAGGCAAAAACCCACCUCUGAGAUUGGCCAUUAAUAAAUGUCCCAUCAUGUCAGUUUAGAUUCAAGAAUGUUAAGCAACUUUGUUUUUGUGGUGCUCCCUAUUUCAUAGUAUCUUCAAAUCAAAAAUAAAAAUUAUCUCCAUUUUGUUAAAGAACUUACAGGGUCAGGGUUCUCCUUGUCACUUAGAAUUGGGACACUGCCAGACAAUCCUCUCCAAAAAAAAAAAAAAAAAAAAAAUAGCCAUAUGGAAUGGAAGGAAAAGGAGAAAAGAAGGAAGAAAGGAAAAAAGUAGGAAGGGAGAGAGAAAAAAAAGGUCGCUUUGCGGAUAUGAGCCGCCAGGCUGACAACUUUUCUAUUUCAUUGGCAGAUAUGAAGCAGUGUCUUUUCCAGUAAGGUACGGAAGCUUUGUUGUUUUCAUGUGUACCCAGCUCAGCCUUUUAGAAGCACCUCGGUUUGCUUCAUUAGGUAUUUGAUACUCUCCAGCCUUGUCCUCAGGCCUGAUUUGAUUUGCCAGGGUCCUGACACCAAAGCCCAGGCCAAGUUCUAAAUUCAGGUGUGGGCUCACAGUGCUAUUGAGCUUGUCGAAUUCUGGCCUCCCCUGAACAUUAGCCCCACGGGAGCCUGAGGGUGUUUGAAAAGGGCGUGAUCACUCUAGGGCUGAAAUUAAAGGCUGCUUUCUUUUCCUUCUGAAGCCAGGCUGCUUCUUCGGAGCACACCCUCCUGAGCCAGGAGCACAAGCACUAGCAGAAAGCAGGGAUUGUUUCAGGAAAGCCCAUUUACCCUCAGUAGGAAGGCAGCCUGGUCACUUGAACAGCACAGCUGAGGCUGCUUCUCUCAAUUUACUCAUUUUGCAAAGAAUUGACCUCUACCAACUCAUUAGGGAGAGGAAAAAGAAUCACUUAGUAAUUUUAAAUCAUAUGAGAAGUCCUGUACCAAGUGCCAACAACUGCAAAGAAAUGCAGCUAGAGGAAUGUAUUGAAAUUAUUACUGGGUCUUCCUUUUUAAUGAGAAAAUGACAAAAAUGGUUGCUGUAGCCCUGCCUGAUUUUGUACACGUUUGUCUAAGAAUUGAGUUGGCACUUAAGCUGACUUCUCAAAGUAUAAUAAUAUUGUGUGACCUCAUUUGUCCUUUCACAAAAGCACUUGCAUCAUUUCCUUAAGUCAUCUGCUCCCUGACAUGUUUUCUUCCCUAAUAAACAACUUCUGUCUGUUAUUCCUGCCAAUGAUGUUCUGUUUCUGAUGCCAUAUCCUAUUGAGCGUGCCCCUGUACUAAUAUCAUUGAAAAUAUUGAUAUGCAAACACAUUUCCUUUUCAUCCCCAUUCUAUCUUUCCCUUUGGGGACAGAUUGCUUUCCAAAAGCUCAUGAACAAAUAUUUGGAAUGCUGGUACCUUUGGGGCAGAGGUAAGGGUGGGCGGGGUGGGGGCAGAAAGGUAAUGCUUAAUGCAGAUAACUCUUCUAAUCAGUGUCCAUGGCAAUAUGAACGCUUGAAGAAAACUCAGUGACAUAUCUUGCUCAGUAGUUUCUUAUUCCUGAAGAACCACAAGCAUAAAGUGAGGCCUCAGUGCUGGUGCUCUUGGAGUAUGGGGAAUGUGCAAAUAUUUAACUGUUUUGUAUGCUGCACAUUGCAGGUCUGCUCAUGUGCAUUCUCCCUUUGUCUUCCUUUGUCAUAUGUGUUUUUGCUUUUUUGAAAGUGCAGUCUUUAUUGUACCCUCCUCCAGCUUGUAGCAAAUUAGAAUGCUUAGCAUUUAUGUUCAUUCAUUAUUGUAUUUGCCAUGUAAAAUUUUUAUUACCUUAGACAAGCUUAUAAGCUGUUACUACAUAACUUAUCUUACUGUAACUCUUUUAUUUCCCCCGACGUUGUAAUUUGUUUGUGAUGUAUAUUGUGAAAUUGUAUUCUAUGUUAAUUUAAUCAGCACAAUUCACUGACAUGCUGGACUGACAUGCUGGCUGCUGUUUCAAAGUGUAAAGUUUGUGUAGGGCUGUUGGGACAACUGCAACUCUGUUGUCAAGGUACUGUGCUUUGGUUCCUAUAGCAACACUGGGUGUGGCCCUUGAAUUGCUAAGGGCAUUUAAUACAUCCUGGAGCAAAUUUUAACUGCAGAUUUUCUUUGUAGAAAUUCUAUGUAUAAUGCAGGUACCUACUUGGCCCAUGGCUGGUAACUAUUUGGGCAAUUAGAAAAAAAGAAAAAAACAUAAAAACUAGUGUCUAUUGCUGCUUUGAAUAUGUUUGAAAGUCUGAAAAUGUAAAUAGUUUAUCAAAAAAAAAAAUCUUGUACAGUCCAGUGUAAAGUUUUUAAAUGACCUUAAGGGUUGCCAUCACAUCUUUCUCACACUCUCCUCUUGAUAAUAAUAAUAAUAAAAGGUUUGCUAAGGAUUAAAGAAAUGGGAAAAAUAAAAAAAAAUCUCUUCAAAUUUACAGGAAUGAAUCAUUGUUCUUAGCUUUGUUGCAUACACAAACUUCUUGGAUUUUGUUGUGCAGUAUUGACGUGAGAUAAAGCUCAACAUUGAAUAAUCUUUCAGUGGUACUUUUCAAAGUCUUCCCCUCCUCUGCCUCAUAAUUAAGGGAAAAGACAAAAUUGAAAGACACACUGUCUUUAUCUAUCCUGGUGUAUGUUGGCACCUUAGCUACUUUUUUUUUUUCCUUUUUGCACAAGGUGCUUUCCUGAUAUGUUCAACAUGCCAUCUUUGGGUGAUAAUGUAUAUGCCGUGAUGGGGCUCAGGCCCCUUAGGGGAGUGUCUAUAAGAACUGCCUAUUUAUGCUCAUUUACCUCAAGACUGUCCUCUCUACCCUAAUCUAGUUGUCAUCACUCCAUCUUUUGUACUGCUGUUGACACUUACAAAUUAAAGAUAAAUUUUGUUUUAUGA